AUGUUGGAGCCUUUCCCCCACUCAGCAGCCAUCUUGACCAAAGUCUACUUUAAGCGAAGAGAUGAUUUGCCCCAAAACUCGCUGCAGACCAGUAGUGAGGUCAACCCAAGCCAAGUCGACUUUCGCUGUGGAAGAAAAGAUGAAAGAUGGGUGAAUAGCUACGACCAACCCCUGUUCUUCCAAUGUCAAAACCAUCAGAGCAUCAACUUAAUCAUAAGUAUCCAUGACAAUGGCAAAGAGGAUCGCAUGUGGGACUUCGGCUGCCAAAACACAUUCAGCCGUCCUGGAACCUGCUCCUGGACCAAUUAUGUCAAUAAUUUUGAUGAGCAAAUAGCAUUCACCUGCCCCUUUGGCUCCGUCCUCAGCGGCAUGGACAGUUACCAUGACAACGGUAAAGAGGAUAGAAGGUGGAAAUUCUUAUGCUGUCAGGGAGAAGUUCCCGUAACUCGCAACUGCAAAUGGAGCGACUACGUCAACGAAUUUGAUCAGUACCUGCGAUGGGACGCCCCAGUUAAUCACCACCUGGUGGGGACCAGAAGUUAUCAUGACAACGGCAAAGAGUAA